AUGCAUGCAUUUCUUCUUUCCCUUCUCGUUGCUCCAGUUCUUGCUGCUGUGGGACCUGAAUCUCUUGGGUCUGAUAUCUUUCUUCUGCUGCACAAUGAUCUGUUAGAGGGAGAUAGUCCACUGACUAAUUCAAGCGUCAUCAUCCUGGACAACAAGCCUCUGAAGGAAGCGACCGAGGCCUGCAAUGCUCUCGGAGAGUCGCUCUGGGGGGCUGCUUCGUCGACACCUGCAGACAUAAAAGCUGAUCUUAAAUACCUUUCAUACCAAGGUAAUUACAAAAGCAAUCAGUGUUUCUGGAUAGCGCCAGUCAACGCCACUGGCAGGACGAUUGAUUUGGAAGGGACUAUAUCGACAGCAGACAGCAACCAUCAGUACCCUGUACUUUGCACACAAAGUGCACCCUAUUCCACGAAAGAGUACCAGAACACAAGCAGCCAGUAUCAGAUCACAGUUCAGGCAAAUAAUGAGUACUUGACAGGGUAUCGCGAUCAUGUUAUAUUCCGGUUCAUCGGUGUCCGCUUUGCUACAGAACAGGAACGCUGGACCUAUCCAGAACCAUACAUAGGUAAUGGAAGCAACGUAUCCGCUCUAAAGUAUGGAUCGGUGUGUCAGCGCGAUGCAAACGGCAAUGAAGAGAAUUGUCUGAUUCUGAACAUCUGGACUCCUUACCUCCCUCGUCAACCUGCAGAGAAGAAGAAACUGAGACCAGUAGCAUUCUGGAUCCAUGGAGGUGCUUUUACUGGAGGAAGCCCCGAUGACCCUUACUAUGACGGAGGAAAUCUUGCCUCGAGAGGCGACGUCGUGGUAGUUGGCAUUAGUUACCGACUCGGAACUCUUGGCUUUCUCGCACUGAACGACGGGAAGACGAACGGCAACUUUGGCCUCGCUGACCAAAUCGCCGCUCUCGAUUGGGUGCGCCAGAAUAUCAAAGCCUUUGGAGGUGACCCAGACCAAAUCAUCAUCUUCGGUCAGUCUGCUGGAGCAGCCUCCGUACGAGCGUUGCUGGCCUCGCCUAAGGCCAAGGGAAAGUUCAGCCGUGCCAUCAUGCAAAGCAACCUCGGGGGUCUUGCGUAUGGCACCACUUACUCUAGAUACUAUACCAUUGAUGAAGAGAUGGAUGUAGCUGGUAAUGCUAUUCUGGAAGAGACGAACUGCACUAAUGCGACAUCUCCUGUGGACUGUCUCAGGAACUAUACCGCCAGUGCCAUUACCGAUCUGUCCACCACAGCACGGUACCUCGUCGUUGACGGAACGUAUCUGACCAGUCCUGAGCUUGAUCUCAGCCGCUCCACAGAAGCACCCCACGUGCCCGUUUUGAUGGGUAUCAUGCGCGAUGACGGCGCGCAAUUCAUCGACUACCCGAACGCCAGCGAGAGUAUCGACACCUUCUUAACAGACAAUGACCUGCCUGCGUCUGUCCUUGCAAGCGGCUUGUUCCCCCUAGCCACAGGCCCCAAUGCCACAUUGGACGUGUUUAACACAUCGGCUCGUGUGGCAACUGACGGUAUGUUUCGAUGCAUAGACGAAGCGACGGGUUAUGCAGGGGUCGUCAACAACAUAUUCCCCGAGGUAUACUUCUAUGAGUUCAACCGGUCCUAUGAGCUCGAAGGCCAAGUAUACAACGGUCGGGUAUGCUAUGCUCCCCCGACGGCAGAGCAUCCAAACGGUGACCCGAAUCUGGAGUACUGGAAGUGUCAUUCUGGGGAUCUAUACUAUGUCUUUGGCAAUCUGCGACGGUUGGAUCAGCCAUUUAGGGAUGAGUAUGAGUUGCCGUUCGAGCAGUACGUACUAGAUUCGUGGGCCAGUUUCAUUCGGACUGGGGAUCCGACGCCUGAUCCAGAGCUGUUAAAAGCAAGGGGCUAUGCGAAUACCAGCCGGGCUGUGGAUGAAAGUGGUGAGUGGCGGCCAUUGCGAGAGGGAGACUAUAGUUUGAGGAGAAUGCAGUGGCCUCCGUACCAGGCUGCCUUUGAUGAGGUGGAGCAGUGUACUGCGUUGGACUUGCCGCUGGAUUACUAUGUGGGAUGCGGUAGAUUGGACUUGUCAUUGGAUAGUGAGGAAGAUUCCAAGUAG